GAGCGGGCGGCGCCCAGGAGGGAGGCACCGGGCCGCAGGCCAAGCCGACCGGGGUCACAAUUUGGGUUUGCAGCAAAAAUGCUUUCAGAACAGACAGCAGCCCUGGGGACAGGAUGGGAGUCAAUGAAUGUCCAGCUGGAUGGAGCAGAGCCCCAGGUGGAAAGGGGAACCCAGGAAGAGGGGCCAUGGAGAACAGCACCAGAGCCACUGGAGCACCUGUGCUGUGAUCUUCAAGAGGAGCCACAGUCCUUUCAGGAGAAGGCUCAGUCAGCUCCCUGGGUUCCUGCCAUUCCCCAGGAGGGGAGCACCGGAGAUUGGGAGAUGGCAGCUGCACUUCUUGCGGCCGGAUCACAGGGCCUGGUAACCAUCAAGGAUGUGUCACUGUGCUUUUCUCAGGAGGAGUGGCGGAGCCUGGACCCCUCUCAGACAGACUUUUAUGGAGAAUAUGUUAUGCAGGAAAACUGUGGGAUAGUGGUCUCUCUAAGAUUUCCAAUUCCCAAACUGGACAUGCUUUCUCAACUAGAAGGAGGGGAAGAACAAUGGGUCCCUGACCCCCAGGACUUAGAGGAGAGGGACAUCUUGAGGGUCACGUAUACAGGAGAUGGAAGUGAGCAUGAGGGAGAUACCCCUGAACUAGAAGCAGAACCUCCCAGAAUGUUAUCUAGUGUGUCCGAAGAUACUGUGCUCUGGAACCCAGAGCAGGAUGAGAGGUGGGAUUCCAUGCCCAGGAGCUCCAGGGGAAUGCUCCUGGGCCCACCUUUUCUUCAGGAAGAUAGCUUCUCAAACCUUCUGUGUAGCACAGAGAUGGAUUCCCUGUUAAGACCGCACACAUGCCCUCAAUGUGGGAAACAGUUUGUGUGGGGCUCCCACCUUGCCAGACACCAGCAAACACACACUGGGGAGAGGCCCUACAGCUGCCUCAAGUGUGAGAAGAGCUUCGGGCGAAGACAUCACCUGAUCCGGCACCAGAAAACUCACCUACAUGACAAGCCCAGCAGGUGCUCUGAGUGUGGCAAGAAUUUCCGAUGCAACUCCCAUCUGGCCAGCCACCAGCGAGUGCACACAGAAGGCAAAUCCUGCAAGGGCCAAGAGGUUGGAGAGAGCCCUGGGGCUAGGAAACGACAACGUGCCCCACCGGUGCCAAAGUGCCAUGUGUGCACUGAGUGUGGGAAGAGCUUUGGCCGACGGCACCACUUGGUGAGACACUGGCUGACCCAUACAGGGGAGAAGCCCUUUCAGUGCCCUCGCUGUGAGAAGAGCUUCGGCCGUAAACAUCACCUGGACAGGCACCUGCUGACCCAUCAGGGACAAAGUCCCCGGAGCAGCUGGGACAGAGGGACAUCUGUCUUUUGAAAUCUGUUUCUGCUGCAGCUGUGGUCACAUCCAUCAGCCGGUGCUAUCAGGAGUCUCUGCCAGAGCUGCCCCGCUCUUGCACCCCAGUGGCCAGAACCAUAAGCCCUGGCCCCAUCCCUGGAAAGAUGAGGUUCCAGCAUUGGCCAGAGCAUUUCUCACCAGUUCUGUGAGAUACCACAUAAAAUAGAGUUCUUUGGGCAAAACUUUUGGGAAACAAUGCUUACAUGGGCUGAUAUUCAGCCUGAGCCCAUUCUCAAGGGUACAGUGGUACUAGCAGUUUAUGGCUGAGGUCCAUUCUAAGUGGUUGGAGCCUAUGCCAUACCAGUUGUUAAAUAUUCUGAGUAUCACGUUUGUAUACCAUAACUAUUAUAUUCUCUCUAUUUGUAGAGAGAGAGACUGUAUUAGCAUAUCAAAGGCUCUGAAAACUUGCAGUAGAGCAAAUUGUUAAGCCUCUUUUAAUGCAGUGUUUCCUAAAUUUAUUUGACCUCAGUGUCUUUUCUAUCUCACAUCCCGCAGAACUGGUGACUCCAUGAAACACACUCUGGUGAACACUGGGUUGGAGAGUAAUGAGGAAACAGGAAAGAGAUAGUGAUCAGGCACCCAGAGCCCCUUUUUUUAAUCCAAAUGAAAGCCAAGGGGCAGACCUCAUUCCUGUGUGGGUCUAUCACCCUUAAUCCUAUCAUCUGAAUAUACAUCCACAUCUCUCACCCCCACCUGCUGAAAAAUAGAAAGAAUAACCUUUUCACCCCCUUAUUCCUAUUCCCUUCAUCCUGCACAUACAUAUAUCCAGCUGAGAGAUCACACUACAAUGCUAAGAGAUGAACCUUAUACCCCUAAGUAACCCAGGCCCACACAGAAGAAAAAAACUUUAUCCCCUUGCACAGACCCCUCUCCUCUUGACUGUGUCUUUAUGUGUCUAUGUGUAUCUGUGUGCAGGGUCUUUGAAGAGAGCAUGCAAAGUGCAAACUGUACAAGCUAGAUGUUCUAGGGGCUGUGUUCUGGGGAUGAGGGUAGUGGGGAUUGUAUGGGGGUUUUUUGUUUUGUUUCAAGAUAGGAAGUAACCUGAGUGAUGAUUAAGGGAGCCCUAGUGGAAAUGGUUAAGUGAUGGGUUAAGUUGUGGGUAUCGAGGUAUAAAGCCUGCCCCAGUAUCACUGAGGUCAAGACAACUGUGGAUAUGUAUGUCUAGGUCUGACUCUCUGGGGCAGAUUCUUUUUGCCUGGUAGGAAGGAGAAAGAGACAUCCUCAAUGAAGUGAGCUGUUUCUUGUUGAUUUCAAGCAAAGUGCGUAUAGAAGCUUUGCGCUGAGUAGGUUUUUUGUCUGUUUUAAGUGCUGGGAAAUUAGGGCAGGAAUCACAGUUGCAGGUUAUUGUCAUCACUCUUGUUUGACCUUGAUUGCCUCAUCGAGGGAGCAGAGUUAUUCUUGAGGAUCUCAUUCUCCCAGAAACAGAACUCUAGGGGAAAUGGCUAUGCUUUAAGCUUUUCAGCUGAUACAGGGUAAUGAGCUUUCUGGUUGGUUUUCCUCCCAAUUCUGGGAAGGUGUCUACCCUAAGACUCUUAACUCCGGGACUUGCAUAAGUAUUCUAGCAUCUGUUAGUUGAUGAGUUGGUCAUUGUUUCUCUUUAUUGAUGAUGUGUUAAUACCAGUCUUAUAAUUUAAAAAUUAUCUUGUAUGUAGGAGCAGUUUGGGGUUAGGGAAGGAGAGGAGCAAAGAGGAUGGAAAUGGGAUAUUUUCUCUUUAAUACUUAGAUUCUGGUUUUUCCUUAACGUGCUUAUUUCUCAUCAAUUUGUGGAAUUAACCAGAGAAGCAAGAAGUGAGCUGCAACAAUCUAGUUUAAUGACUGUCCCAUUUGCUUAGGAAAAACUGGGUGAAUCACAGCUCCUCAGAGUCCUGGCCCCAGAUGGAGCUGAAAAUAGGAUUAUUUUGCUGAAUGGGCUUCUUAGAGUGGAUAUGAUAGCAACCCAGCCCCCGCCUCCCUUCUGCUGCUCAGAGCCACCUUCCUUUUUUGCCUGGAAUGUACUUCUCUUGCUAUGUUCCUUUGAAUAGAGAAAAAAUGGCCAGCCCUUUGUGGUGGCUUUGUCCUAGGUCCUCAGAGACAGGAGCAUUUUAGGAUCAAGAUUAGGAGAUGCCCCAAGGAAUAGGAAAGUAUUGGCUUCCAGUGGUAAAACUGGACUAUGCCAUUUCUUUUACCCUCCUACCAUGCCUCAUUCAUUAAUGCAAAUCAUCUCUAUGUAAGCAGUGGUUCAGAACGUGUUUUGGGUCACAGAUCCUUUUGAGAAUCUGCUAAAAACCAGAAACUCAUUUUUGAGACAGAUAGACAUUAGCAAUUCACACUGUUUUGCAUACACAUUUAGCAGGUUCAGAGCCCAUCCAUGGAAUCAGUAAACUGGGGUCAAAGAAAAGGAGUUACCCUGACCCAAUGGUCAUUAUAUAUAUUUGUGUCAAGAAUUACAAGGCAAGGAUCACUAAAUAUUUUAAGGACUAAGAUACCAGAGGCAGUAGGGUAUAAGGAUAGAGUCUGGUCUUUAAUGACUAGAACGGUAUUGCUUACAUUCUACUCUAUGUUUU